AUGCAAGCCAUAACUGUUAAUCUGAAAUUAUUAUUUAUAAGAAUGGAUAAUCACAAAGAAAACUCAGACUCAGACGCAAAUCGACAAAGCAGUGAUGCAGCAUCAACUGAUCGCUUAUUAUUAGAAGGAUCUAUAGCUACAAAAGAGCGCAAAAAAUAUGUGCAUUGGCAAGUUCGAAUAGGUGAUUCGCCCGAACAAAAAGUGGUCAUUGAGCUUGACUUUGCAUCUUGCCCAAGGACCUGUGAGAAUUUCUGGCAAAUAGCAAAUUCCUAUAAAGAUCUCAGUUAUCGAGGCAGCUUAUUUCACCGAAUUGUACCGAACGGUUAUAUAGAGGGCGGAUUUCUUAACUUAUCCGACGGAACAAAGGCAAACUCGUCAAUAUACGGGACUUAUUUUUCAGAUGAAAACUACUCAUACUUGCACGACAAGCCUGGAGUUAUAGGAAUGAGCAACAGUGGGAAGCACAAGAAUGGCAGUGUUUUCUAUAUCACUUUAAGACCCAUGGCACAUCUAAAUGGGGGGGUGAGGCGGAAAAAACCCCGCUGGUUUUUUUUCCGCCAACUUUUUUCACCGUUAAAUUUAUAGGAAAAUUUUGAAUUUCUCCAGAUGGCGGAAAAAACCCCAUAAUAAAAAAAAAGUAGGGCGGAAAAAACCCCAGCGAAAACAAAAACCGUCAAAGUCAGAGGAAAAAACCCCAAUAUACAAUAUAAUUUAAAUGCUUAAAAUGAUAGGCAAAUAUUAGAGAAAAUACAAAUAAAUAUUUAGUUACAAUAAAUCAAUUAAAGCAAUAUUAAUAUAUGGAUGUAUAGAUUUAUUCUCAAAGUAACUAUAAAGCUAUGAUUAACAAAAAUAAUAGAAAAAUAUAAAAAUCAACUAUAAAAAAAAAUUUACAAUCAAAACCUGGCGGAAAAAAACCCGAAACGGUGCAAAAACCAGAGGAAAAAACCCCGAGUAUGGGGUGAAAAUUGGCGGAAUGUUUUUUUUUAUAAUAAUUUUUUUUCAAAUAAUUAUCAGCGAGGAUAGAUUUUUAUAUAACGAUGACCCCCCCCAAUCUUCAUGUCUAUUGCAACAAAAAUGCAAUUUUUUAAUAUAAAAUGUUAUAUAGAAAAAAUAAUUUUCAUAUCUCUUGCAACAAAUUUUCGAUGCGCAUCUAAAAUUUUUCCUACUUUUUAGCAAGAUAAGUUUAAUAAAAUGGCGAGCGAUGACAAUAGCCGUCCAAAUCUCGAUGAGAAGGUCAUUGACAUGCCUACAGCAGCGUUGUUUUAUGAUUUUUUUGAGAAACUCACCUAGAGAAAAAUGCAUUAAAUCUUUUUUAUAAAAAUGUUGUGUUGAGUUGGCAUAAAUUUUUUUUUUCGAAAAUUUUUGUUGCAAUAGACAUGAAGAUUGAGGGAGGUCAUCGUUAUGUUUGUGGAUUUUAUAAAUAUUCAAUACAAUGAGUGAAGCUGAUACAAUUUAGCAUAUUUGCUCCAGUCUCAUCAAUCAGGUUAAGACUAAAAUAUAUGCUUCCUUUAUUAUGUGUUUUUCAGGAUAUGUCGAGGAUGAAUAAAAGGUGAGCUAGUCUUAUGCGUUGCAGGCGGAUACACGUUUUGCUAGUACAGGAUUUGUCGUAGUAGAUACAAGGUGAACUAGCAUAGCCCCUAUAUGAUAUUUUGAUCCCUGUAGAACAAUAUCUAAAUACCAAAAGUAGCUAUCUAAACAUUCUUCUAACAAUGGCAAAGACCAUUUGUAUGGCCAGUUCAUGUUUGGCUUGGCAAAUACAAUCUAUAGAAAAAGUUUGCAAAGCCAAAUCUGUACUUGCUAUAAAAAUAACAAUUGUCAUUGCCAUUUUUACUUGUAAGAUCGCUAUUUUACCUCUUAAGGUAUUCUUUCAUAGCGAUCUAUAUAGGAUAUAUCGCAGUUGGAUGCAGGAUGAUCUCUACAGGAUGUGUCGCAGGCGAAUACAAAAUAAGCGAGCAGGAUGUGCCACAAGCGGACGCAAGAUGAUCUAGUGCAGUUUGUGUCGCAGGUGAAUACAAGAUGAGCUAGUGCAUGAUGCAUCGAAAGUAAAUAUAUGGUUUAAGUAUUGGAUAGUAUUAAAGUAAAUUUUUCACCUUCUUGUUUAUUAUUCAAAUAACUUUUUAUAAUUAGAACGCUGAAUGAUUUAGCAAUAUAUAUAUUUCAUGGAUUGACAAACUAAAAUGAAAUAGCUUAAUAAUUAAUUAAUUAGCAGGUAAUAAGCAUUAAAAAUCUAUCCUCGCUGAUAAUUAUUUGAAAAAAAAUUAUUAUAAAAAAAAAAACAUUCCGCCAAUUUUCACCCCCAUACUCGGGAUUUUUUCCUCUGGUUUUUGCACCGUUUCGGGUUUUUUUUUCCGCCAGGUUUUGAUUGUAAAUUUUUUUUAUAGUUGAUUUUUAUAUUUUUCUAUUAUUUUUUGUUAAUCAUAGCUUUAUAGUUACUUUGAGAAUAAAUCUAUACAUCUAUAUAUUAAUAUUGCUUUAAUUGAUUUAUUGUAACUAAAUAUUUAUUUGUAUUUUCUCUAAUAUUUGCCUAUCAUUUUAAGCAUUUAAUUAUAUUGUAUAUUGGGGUUUUUUUCCGCCCUAAUUUUUUUUUUAUUAUGGGGUUUUUUCCGCCAUCUGGAGAAAAUUCAAAAUUUUCCUAUAAAUUUAACGGUGAAAAAGUUGGCGGAAAAAAACCAGCGGGGUUUUUUUCCGCCUCACCCUAAAUGGGAGACUAGUAGGUUUUGGAAGGGUUGUGGAAGGCUUUGAUGUAAUUAAAGCAAUUUCACAAGUGCCUUGUAAAAAUCAACGACCUUUGGUAGCAUGCUCUAUCCUAUCAAGUGGGAAUUACUUGAACUCUUUGCCAGACGAAAAUAAAACGAGGCUUCACAAGGACCAUUUUCAGAGCAAACUAGAAGCUGCUGAUCUAAACACAUUAAUGAGCAGGAGAGAAGCAAUUGUGAAAGAAAUUGAAAGUACAAGGGAAGAAUUAGAAGAACAGCGAAAAUUCAGAGACGUCAUUUCCAAUUUAAUAGCUGAUAUGAUGGCCUAUUAA